AUGGCUUCUUCCAUGCCUUGCCUUGUCCUACUCUUGGGCAUGGCAUGCCUUCUGCAGGCAUCACUACCGGCGGCCAACCCGGCGCCGUGGGAGCUGUCGGAGUCGGAGAUGAGGGCCAAGUGGUCCAGGUGGAUGACCAAGUACUCGAAGCGCUACUCUGGCCCCGAGGAGAAGGAGAAGCGGUUCCAGAUCUUCAAGCAGAACACCAACUCCAUCGGCGCUUUCGCCAGCCAGACAUCGGUCAAUGCCGUUGUCGGUGGGUUCGGGCCCCAGACCAUCACCACGGUCACCGUCGGCAUGAACAGGUUCGGCGACCUCAACCCCAGCGAGGUCGCCGAGCAGUUCACAGGGUCCAACAAUACCGGCUUCAUCCCAGAAGCUCCCACCUACCUCCCCUACGAGGACUCCCGGAAGUCAUGCUGCGUCGACUGGCGCUCCCACGGCGCCGUCACCGGCGUCAAAUUUCAGGGCACUUGCUUGUCAUGCUGGGCGUUCGCGGCGGUGGCGGCCAUCGAGGGCAUGAACAAGAUCAGGACCGGUGAGCUGGUGUCGCUCUCGGAGCAGCAGCUUGUGGACUGUGACACCGGAAGUAGCGGCUGCAGCGGCGGCCGCUCCGACACCGCGUUGGGCCUCUUGGCGUCCCAUGGUGGCAUCACAUCGGAGGAGAGGUACCCGUACAGCGGCUAUUCCGGCAGCUGCGACGUGGACAAGCUGCUCUUCGACCACCAGGCAUCCGUCACGGGGUUCAAGUCCGUGCCGCCCAACGACGAGCGGCAGCUGGCGCUGGCCGUGGCGCAGCAACCUGUGACGGUGUACAUAGACGCCAGCACGUGGGAUUUCCAGUUCUACUCCAGCGGCAUCUACAAAGGCCCCUGCUCUGCCGAGGCCGGGAGGGUGAACCAUGCUGUCACCAUCGUCGGCUACUGCGAGAAGUUCGGUGAGAAGUUUUGGAUAGCCAAGAACUCAUGGAGCAACGACUGGGGUGACCAGGGAUACAUCUACCUCGCCAAGGACGUCUACUGGCCCACGGGCACCUGUGGCCUCGCCACCUCGCCCUUCUACCCGACAGCUUGA